AAGGAAAUUGCAAACAGCGGCUCCUGUGUGUGAAGAAGCCCCACCUCUGCAGGCGGAUGUGACCCGCUGUACGCUGGAAAGAGGGUCCAGGGUAUUCAGGCUUUGUUACGUUACAAGGGACAACAACAUGGGACUGCUGUCUGAUCCAAACAGAAGACGGGCUUUAAUCAGCCUGCUAACCCGCCUCAAUUCCCCAAUCUGUGUGGUCUGCUACAUGGCGGGUGUGGCCUGGUUCAUGGGGUUAGCAUUUGAGCCGUUCACUCUGCGCACAUACAUGUCAGAGAACGCCAUGGGGUCUACCAUGGUGGAGGAGCGCUUUCCAGCAGGGGAGAGGGCGCUGACCACAGGGAGAGAGUUUUCAGCCCAUAAGAAGAAAGCCGGGGGGAUGCCAGUGGAUUGGCUGGUGAAGACCAUGCAGGCUCGAGGGCUGGAGGUGUUUACCCAGAGGUUCUCUCGCAAGCUGCCCUUCCCUGAUGAAAACAAAGAGAGAUAUAUGGUAAAAGGCACAAAUGUAUAUGGGAUCCUUCGGGCCCCCAGAGCUCCUCGGACUGAAGCCCUGGUGCUGAGUGCCCCUUGCACCCCAGGCGACUCCAACAACCAGGCAGUGGGGCUGCUACUCGGCUUGGCACAGUACUUCAGGAAUCAGAUUUACUGGGCCAAAGACAUCAUCUUCCUUGUGAAUGAACAUGAUCUGAUUGGUAUGCAGGCCUGGUUGGAGGGUUACCACCACACCAACACUACAGGUAUGGACUGGUCUCCACUUCAAGGCCGUGGUGGUUCAAUCCAGGCAGCUCUGUCCCUGGAGCUCAGCAGUGAUGUCAUCACCAGUAUGGACCUGGUACUGGAAGGCCUCAACGGCCAGCUCCCGAACCUGGAUUUAGCCAACCUCUUCUAUGCUUUCUGUCAGAAGAUAGGAGUCCUCUGCACCAUCCAGGGCAAGCUUCAGCGGAAUGACUGGGACAGUGUGUCAGGCUACAGCCACUCAGUCCAGACCAUGAUGCUGAUGGUGAUGAAACAGGCCAGUGGGCGUCCUUGGGGGGAUCAUGGCCUUUUCCUGCGAUACCACAUUGAGGCUGCCUCCAUCAAGGGCAUCAACAGUUUCCGUCAGUACAAGACAGACGUCACCACCAUUGGCAGGCUCCUGGAAGGAAUGUAUCGUAAGCUGAAUAACCUCCUGGAGCGCCUACACCAGUCCUACUUCUUCUACCUCAUGCCGUCACUCUCUCACUUUGUCUCCAUUGGGUAUUACAUGCCAGCCUUCGGCCUCCUCGCCGUCAUCCUACUGCUUCGUGCCUUAGAUUUGUGGGUUCAACUUGCAACUCCACCACCAAGAACAGAGGAUGGAAUCACUGACAAAGAGCAGGUUUCCAGUCCAGGAGUGCUGUCUGUGUUGACUCCUCUGGUGAUCAGCCAUCUGACUGGAGUGGCUCUGUACACCCUGCCGAUCCAAUUUCAGGAGAUGGCUGUGGAACAGUUCCCGGUAUCAGAGACAGAGGCUGUGGUCCUGACGGCUAUUGGUGUUUACACAGCAGGCCUGGCUCUGCCUCAUAACACACAUAGGCUCCUGUCGGGCGAGGGGACGGAGCAGGGCUGGAGGGUGCUGAAGCUGGUGGCUGUGCUCUACCUGGCCGUGCUGCUGGGUUGCACCGCCCUCAUCAACUUCUCCCUGGGAUUCAUCCUUGCUCUCACCCUGGUGCCUGUGGCCGCCUUCGUCACACCCCACGUACCAAAGGUUUUAUCCGCCUUUAUCCUAGUCAUCCUCAGCCCAGCAUGCACGCUCCUCUUUUCCGUCUUUUUCUUCCAAGAGCUGCAGGAACUGCCAGUCAGCUUCCAGGAAGGCUGGUUGCUCUACCUGUCAGUCAUCUCGCAGGGCAUCCUGGACCACUUCCUGUACGGCUCUCUGGUCUACCCGCUCAUAGCCCUGCUGGUCUAUCCUUGCUGGCUGCUUUUCUGGAACAUCCUCUUCUGGAAGUAAACGCCAGUCAUACAGGACUACUGAAGGCUUUCAUGGGGAGAAAAACCCUCUGAGGUGUUCUCAGGUUUGUCUUCACUGUGGGAAAUGUGAAUGACAGUUAAAUCCACUGGAGAGAUUGGGAAAGAAGAGAAACAUGGUUGACUUGGAAAUAAUGCAGUGAUUCCCCAACUCCAAGUAUUUUAUUCUUAAAACUUUCUUUAUAAACGAAGCUGAGUGGACUGUUUUGUACCGUACUCUUACAAAUAAGUGAAAUAGGGGAAGAUCUUUUCACAAGUAACUAUAAAUGUCACCGUUGACUUGCUAUCUGUAUAAGAAUUUGGUUUAAUGAUUUCUUUGCAGUAUUCUUUAUUUGUGGUACAUAACUAAAAUUACUGCACUGUUUUUCUUAGCUCCUGUUGUUUUUUUUUUUUUUUUUUAUCAGGCAGGAUGGUGAUGGAUGAAAGAUGAAUGUUUCUGUCGUGUCAGCAUGGUUUGUACUAACAGAUAUAACGGGAAAAAGCUGUUCAACUGGAAGAAACUACCUGUUUUGUUUGUAGUCUGCCUCCUUAUGUCUGUACAUCUGCAUCUGUUCAACAAGCCAUCACAACAUCUAAUAUUUUUAUACUUGUUUUGAUAAGUUUAUUUGAAACAUGUUUAUUUCAUAUUUAUAAAUGCAAAAUUAAAAGACUAAAAAUG